AUGGACCCACUGUUGCGCUGUUUUCACCAUAUUGAGCCCAGAGGAGAGGUUUUUUUCCCGCUGAGUCAGGCCUAUUUUGGCGAUGUAGACGACCCUGCAACUGAGUGCCACUGUAACCUGUGGGACUGGGAUCAGCUGCGUUUCAUCAAAAUAAAAGGUCCAAGCAAGUUCUUUCCGCCAGAGGAUGACGCUGAGACCUCAAUAUUUGCGCAAUCUUUGGAUUAUCUUUCACCAGAUGUUCGCGAAAUCACAAUCGACAGCGACGGGCUUCUUACUGGGGUCUCGACAGAUCCGGAUGUUGACGAAACGGCUUUUGCUGCAUACAUGCCCUUUUCACUCUGCGAGCACCUUGUAAAUUGUCCCAAAAUUUACUUCUCACAGCUCCAUGAAAUUGGUCGGCUUGGUCCAGGAGUUGACUUGUUGUCAUAUAAUGACCAGAGGGUAGCUUUCAAAUUCAACCCACUUCGCUUACCCCGACAGCUAGAAUGUUCUUGGAGAGAGAUGAAUAUUAUCAGCAAACUCCCACCGCAUCCUAAUCUCGUACCAUUUGAUAAUAUCGUCCUUGAAGACAAAGAGUCUCGAAUCAUUGGAUUCACCACAAAAUGGAUACCGGGCGGACGCCUUAGCGAUCCAAAGAAACCUUUCCGAUUGGAAUGGCUACAGCAGCUCACUCAAGUUGUGGAUUUCUUGAAUUUUGAACUUGGAAUUAUGCACCAAGACAUUGCACCUCGGAAUCUACUCAUCGAUCCUGAGAGUGAAAAUAUUCUUCUGUUCGAUUUUGAUUGCGCCGCUGGUGGACAGGAUGGCCUAUUGGAAGGUCGAGACGACGUGACUGAAAUUCCCCACUGGAACCGCAAAAUUGAUAUGAUUCAAAACAUUGAAUGGACCUGCGACCGCGAACCAGACUGUGAUGUCUCUGAGUUCCGCCAAUUCUUGAAUGACUGGAUAGCCAACAGAACAAACGGGAGCAUGGAACGUUAUCUUAAUGCGCCCAAGCGGAUUACAUGGCCCGCAUUCCAAGACCCUCCAGAUUAUGAUGUGCCCUUCCAGUUCAGCAAGACGUCAACUGGAGAAGCCAAAUUCCGACCGGGCGAACGUUAUAGACGCAGUGCGCUCAAGAAUGGGCAAUACUGUUUUCGAUGGCAGCGUCCACCACAGAGAAGACAACCGGUAGUCCCGUUGUGA